AUGGCCGCCGGAGGAGGCGGCGGCGGAGGGGCGGCGGCCCCGCUGCUGGAGGCGAUCCCCGUCGGGAGGAGGACCGGCAGGGCCACCUGGGCGCAGACGCUGGGGAACGUGGUGGUGUCGAUUGUGGGCACGGGGGUGCUCGGCCUCCCCUACGCCUUCCGCGUCGCCGGCUGGGCCGCCGGAUCCCUCGGCGUCGCCGCCGCUGGCCUCUCCACCUACUACUGCAUGAUCCUCAUGGUCAGUCGGUCGAUCAUACUCGCUUGUGCUUUCGUGUUUCCCCGAUCCUCGAAACUUUCUGCUGCUUCUUGAUCCUCAAUCGACUCUCCGUUGUAGAUUGAAUGCAGGAAGAGGCUGGAAGAAGGAGACGCGUCGAUCCGCAUACGGUCGUAUGGCGAUUUGGGGGAGAAGGCCUUCGGGGGGAGAGGCCGCUUCCUCACCGAGCUCCUGGUUCUCGUCUCCCAGGCGGGGGGGGCCACCGCCUACCUCGUCUUCAUCGGCCAGAACCUCUCCUCCGUCUUCCCCGGCCGCAUCCCCUCCUACGCCUUCCUCUUCCUCCUCGUCCUCCCCCUCGAGACGGCCAUCUCUUUCAUCCGCUCCCUCUCCGCCAUCGCCCCCUUCAGCGCGCUGGCCGACGUCUGCAACGUCCUUGCCAUGAGCAUCGUCGUGAAGGACGACCUCCAGCUGCUCGGCGAUUUGUCGGAGCUGAGGACGAGGAGCGCAUUCAACGGCGUCCUAGGCCUCCCCUUCGCCGCCGGGGUCGCCGUCUUCUGCUUCGAGGGGUUCAGCAUGACACUGCCCCUCGAGGACUCCAUGGCCGAGAGGGAGACCUUCAGGUGGGUCCUCUCCCGGGCCUUCCUCGGCAUUACCCUCUGCUACGCCGGCUUCGGCAUCUUCGGCUACCUGGCCUACGGCGACGCCACAAGGGACAUCGUCACCCUCAACCUCCCCAACGACUGGUCCGCCAUUACCGUCCAGGUGAGCACAUAUACAUAUAUUAUUCACAGCUGGGCCUUCUUUCUGUCUUCUUCUUCAUCUUCAUCUUCUUCUUCUCUGUGCGCGCAGCUGGGGCUCUGCGUGGCGCUGGCCUUCACCUUCCCGGUGAUGAUGCACCCGAUUCACGAGAUCACCGAAUCGAGGCUGCUGUCGUCGGAAUGGUUCCAGAAACUCUCCCGCGUCUCGCCGGCGGCGGAAUCGGCGGGGCUGCACCUGGCCCGGAUGCUGCUGGUGACGCUGCUGACGGCGCUGGCGUCGUUGAUCCCCGGGUUCGGCGCCUUCAUCUCCCUCGUCGGGAGCACCGUCUGCGCUCUGCUCUCCUUCGUGUUGCCGGCCAUCUUCCAUCUCAGGUUCCUCGGCCCCUCUCUGGACUUCAAGGGAAGAGCUCUGGACUACGCCAUUCUCGUCCUCGGGCUGACCUUCGCCGCGUACGGAACCUUCUCGGCCGUCUCCGGCUGA